AUGUUAUAUCAGCGUCUCACCACUCUAGGCGUUGCCGCUCUGGUCGCGGCCUCAUCGGUCUCUGCGAGCCCUAUGGUCGGGGGCGCUAAAUCUCGCUGUCGUGCCGGGUACAACAAGGCCGUCUCCCACGUCCCAACAACCCAUGAAGCAACUCCGUCCAUAAAUCCCCCAGUGGAGCUCUCAGAGGCUCCAUCCCAGUCCCCCUGGCCCACUGUCGAUAGCCCUUCUGCUGCUUCCAUCAUACCCACUGUAGAUGAGAUCACCCAUGUCAAGAAGCCCCAGGCUGAUGAGGAUCCUGAUGCUUCCUCUUCUUCUUCGUCGUCGUCAACGACAUCUGCACUGCCCUCUUCUCCCGCUACCCAGCAACAAGACACCGUUCCGGCAGCCCCUGCUGAGCCUGCAACAGCCGCUUCCCAGACCAACAACAAGGCGGCCGCUGCUGCAUCUUCCUCCAGCAGCACCACCCACUCCGGCAAAGCCACCUUCUACGGCGGCAACAUCUCCGGCGGAACCUGCUCGUUCACCGGGUACACGCUUCCCUCUGGCCUCUUCGGAACUGCCUACUCAGGCGCCGCAUGGAACAACGCCGCGGAAUGCGGUGCCUGCGUCUCCGUGAAAGGACCCAACGGUAAAACCAUCAAAGCAAUGAUCGUCGACCAAUGCCCCGAAUGCGAACAAGACCACCUCGACCUCUUCCAGGACGCCUUCACCCAGCUAGCAGACGUCUCCAAGGGCAUCAUCCCCAUCACCUGGUCCUUCGUCCCUUGCGGGAUUACCUCGCCCGUCGUCCUCAAGAACAAGGAGGGGACCUCGCGCUACUGGUUCUCCAUGCAGGUCAUGAACGCCAAUGAGCCCGUCGCGAAGCUCGAGGUUAGCACCGACGGCGGGAAGACCUGGCAGGGGACCACGAGAACCUCCUACAACUUCUUCGAGGAGAGCAGUGGGUUUGGGCAGGAUACCGUGGACGUGAGGGUGACCGGCCAGUCCGGCGCUACCCUGACGGUGAAGAAUGUCGGGACCAGCUCUGGGUCCUCUGUUACCGCUAAGUCGAAUCUGUAG